CGAGAGCUUCGUUCUGCUACGCCUGACGGCGUUUCAAUGAGCUGCGAACGACGCUUGACCGUGGAGUCUGCGUUUGUACAUUGCCGUGGUAGGGGGCAGAACACUCGGCUCUGCGGAGUUUGCGGGACCUCUCGACUCACUCUCAAAAAUGUGAGUCAUGCUUUGCUUUCCUUCUUGUACCACGCAUUCCGCUUUAUUGUGACUUGCCGUUUAGCUAGGAACGGAGGGGAGCCUCACCGUUUUUUCGGUUGCCCCUGUGCCUGCUGUGUGUUCGCCGUUGCCACACGAGGCCUUUUCGCAUGCGGCACCGUUUUGCAAUGAGACUGCUGCAUGGUUGAGGAGAGAGCCGCGGCGAGAAUGAACCAAGAAAGGAACUUGUGACAGGGGAGGUUUGCCGGCGUUUGCCGCUGUGUCUCGGAUUUUUUUCUCAUCCCUGUAGCACCCUCCUGUUUUACCUCUGGAAGCGUACGAGAAACCCCCGGCCGGCGUCGCAACCGGAUGUCCGGGCGGCGCCACACAAAUCCGCGGUUGUCGGUUCCGUUUAAGCAGGCUUCCCUCUAAGUGAAUUCUUUUGCCGUACAUUUUCACAGGGCCGCUGUGCCUGUGUUUGUGUUUCUUGGGUGUGCCAGACGUGUUGUUGGCGCUUGCCACAGAAAAUUAGGAUUUUAUCGAAGGUGUUGAACUCAACGUUAAGUUGCCAUCAGGCUGUCCGGUGUCGACCAUUGGUCCCUUUUGUCGAGUGUUUGUGUCGCUCCUCGUUUUCGACUGACCCCGAAAAACUGUCUGACGCAUUUCAAAAGCAUGACCACGUACACCGUGAACCUAAGCUUCGGGUGCGACGCUAGCUGAUGUCGCACAGCUCUUUCCCUGUCAGUUUUGUGCUUUGACAUUUCCUCUCUGGGUUCGUUUCACCAUCUGCGCCAUGAAGACGCUAUCGCCUCGUUUUCGAGCCUCUCUCCAGCCUGUGCAUUCUCUGUUCUCCGGGUUUCCGUUGUCCGUUGCGGAGUUCCCCUUUGUAGACGCGAGCACGCAUUUUAAAUCGCGCCUUUGUCGCUGAAAAUCACAGCUUUAGAUUUUCUGGAAGAGAGCCAUGGGGCUCCCUGCCUUUGUCCGUCCACUGUAGCCUCGCCCACGCGCACUCGAACCUUCCCCGAGGGCACCGCCGCGUGGAUUUCCUUGCUUUCUUCCAGUUUUCCUCUCCGGUCAGCUCAUCGCGCCUUCUUCCGAAGUUGUUUGGUGGCGUUCGCUCCAGAGCGACGCGGAAAAUUCCAUACGUCGGCGCUGUGUCGGUUCCGUCCAACUGUUCUGCCUGCUCCGGAACCUUCGCCGCUGUGCCUGGCGACGAUGGAGGCUACACAAGGCUGCGGGGUUGUGGCGCAGGCUGCAACGCCUCGCAGACAUCAAAAGAGUUUUCCUUUGCGGUGUUUGGUCCUCGCUCUGACUUUAUUCCCAAUACUUGCACCGCUUAUUUGCUCUGAGUGGAUCACUUCUUCCGUUCAUCUCAUCUCCAACUUCCUUGCGCGCCCUCCGGUGCACUUUGCGUCGGCCAUCUCCGCGGGCCGAGACCCUGAGGAAACAGGCGAUGCGGCUGCGUCUCCAGCUUCUGAGGAUCGGUUGAAGCGUUUCUUGAAUCGUUUCCCGCUGUCUGCGUCAACAAAGCAGACUUCACCCGAAAGCGCUCCCGCGCCUCCGUCGAGGACGCCUUCUCCCUGCCAAGAGCGCGGCAACGGGUCCCCACAGAGCGCCUGCAGUCAGGAGGCGAGGGAGACGAAGUUCCUCGCAGGUCUCUGGAUAGACAGCGACAGUCCUCUCCGUCGACAGAUGUGUGAGUCGCUGAACGCUGACGCGAAACUCGCGAAACAAUUUGUUCUCCUCGCUCUCUUGAUGGUCCGGUUCUCGGACGACGCGGACGCCCACAAAGGAAGGGUCUUCGAUCCACAAGCAAGCGUCCAGCUCGCCUACAUCACCGAGCUCCUCCAUCGCCUUCUUGUCGACGCGCAUGCAGAGCCGUCAAGGCGCUCCGGUUUCCUCUGGCAAAACGCGGAGCCUUGCCAAAUAAACGCCAUCGCCGGGAAGGAAAUCACGCUGGUGGCGGUGCGUCUCUUCACGGCGAUCCAGAAGACCCGAGUUCUCCACGCCGAGGCAGAGGACCUCUCGACACAUGCACCCGAUUCUGGAAAUAAAGACGCUUCGCUGCCCGCAUUCCUGCAGUACUGGACGAAGCGGUACACGCCUGCAAAGAAGAAGGCGAAUGAAGAGAAGAAGAAGACGGGGAAGGUCGAAGAAGGAGAGUGGCGAGGAAGUGCAAAAUCGUUCAAGAGCGAAGGCCUUUGGCCCACACUGCGGGCGACGACGCCCCGAGCCGAGAGAGGGCGAGAUGGCGAGGCGAGAUGGAGUGGAGAUUCGAGUGCAGAAAAGUUCCGUGUCGGCGAAGACGACUUCGCGUACCACCAUUUUCUCGUGCGUCUGAUGGAGGAGGAGCCGUUGGACUCGGCCAUGUGGGUAACGCAGGACAUUUUGAAAUUCGCACAGAAGACGCGCAUGCAACUGCGUCCCGGAGAAACGCUCCCUGAGCUCAUCAACCACGCGACGUCGCUCUGGUCGUCCUACCUUGUUGCGCGCCGCCUCCAGGCCGGCGAUACACUGGAGACGACGUUGGAGGACUGGAGGGUCGGCCCGGCGAUGGCGCCGACCACGACGGGGGCGUUCCAAGACGCAGGUUUAGCGGUGUCGGACGCGUUGCGGGAGCCGAUCAUGGACGAGCCUGUCUGCGGACAUAUUUUCCUUUUGCUGGAUGGCUUUCGGUCUUCGCCGCUGGCCACACUCUUCACCGAAGGGUCGACGACCGCGGCGCAGCUCGAACGCUUCCGUCAGUACCUCCUGAGUGUUCUGAUGGGUGAGAUUGAGAAGGCCGUGGACCAGCUUGCAGAAGAUCUGCGGCUGGUGCGAGGCGCGUCGGGUCGCCGCUCGGCGAAGGGCGGGAAGAAGGCCGCAAUCGAGGGCGCACCCGAGGGAGCUGCUGCCGGCAACGAAGGCGAGGCCGAAGCGUUUUUUCGAACGCCUGAAGCUCGGCUGCGUGUGACGCGGAAGCAGCUUCCAAUCACGCGUCUCGCAGGCUACGUGGUGAAGUUAGGAUCCGGCGUUUUCGUGUCUGGAGUUGUCGGGGAAGGGAACUCGUACGAGGCGAACCAGCGACUGCUGCAGGCGAUGACCAGCGACAGCAUGCUUGUCGAAAUCCAGUUCUUCAACGAAGGCACCCGGUCGCUGAAGAACGUGGCGAACCCGCUUGUCUCUCUGCCCGAACAACCUCUCGUUCCUUCCGAACGCGGGUCGCACACAGAGACUAGAAACUUGAGAAACGGAGUCGAAGACGAACGCGACGAGGCUGCAAACAUCUUGCGGGAUACCGACGCUCUCCUCUCCGAGCCGGACUGGACGACUGGCGACCCGGAGGCCGUCAUCCCCGUCGGCACCGUGAUGAAGGCUCUGAAGCGGCACAUCAACGCGGCGAGAGGGGCACUUCCCAUUUGGUUGUUCAGACGGUCCUUCGUGAUCUACAGCACCAUCGAACCUGGAGACGUCGUCGACCCGCUUGCCGACUCGACUUCCGCACCCUUCGCCUCCGACCACGACAUCCACUUCUUCGUCUACGUCCCGAUCUCAAACUACUCGGCGAACGUCGGAGAAAAGCUCAGGAAGUCUUUCCUCCUCAUGGCGCAGUCCGCCGCCCUAGGAGCGACUCAUGGCCUCAGCGGCGUCGGCCCCGCCGUGGACGACUCACGCAUCAAGGAACUGGGGACAGCGAAACUCACCGACGACGGACAAGCGCUCAAACUUAAAACAUUUGGAAUCGGACUCGACGACAACCAACGCACAAAUGUGCAAAAGUUCAUCCAGAAAGACAUGGUUCUCAUCCACUACAAGAUCAAGGGCCUCGCGACGCUGCGCUCUUCACUGGCUCCAGGGGAGGAAUGGCGCCUCGUGCGGGCGGAGAAGAUUUUCGGCCGCAUUUUAAAACACUGCAGAAAUCUGCUAGAAGUCCCGUAUGCAGUCGUUGUGAAGAAACAGCCUCAAGUGGAGACGCGGCAGACGAAGAAGGUCCCCGAGGUUGAGGGGGGCUUGCCAGCCUGGGUUCUGGCGGUCGCCGUGGUCUGCACGGCGCUGCCUCUGUUGAUUUUCAUGUGUUGUCUGCAGUUUCACAAGCGUCUGCCUUUUCCCUGGUGGGUCACCUGCAUUUGUUCGUCGAGGCCACCCUGGGAGGCGGCUCGCGAGGACCAAGACGUCCAGAGCGUCAGCCGCAGCCGGUGUGCGACGCAGAACGACUUGUGUGGGCUCUACGACCUUCCUUCGAUCUCCGACCGCGACUCAGGAACCGACGUUGGAGCAGGAGGCCUGCAGCAGACCUCGGGUGCCGGGACUUCGCGUCAACCAAAGUGGUCGCCGAAAGACAGCGUGGGGUCGCGUCUGACGAGCCGGAGCGGGGUGAACUCUCCGCCGGUGCAUGCCGGUCCGUCGGCCUGGAGCUACGGCGGAUCGCCUCUCGGGGGCGGCUCUGCAUCGAGCAGAAACCUCUGCAUGAGUGUGACGCGAGGCGGGUGGCACGACGCGACUGCCAGGUGGAUAGGCCCUCAGCAGGGUGAACGAUGCUCAUGCACUCCGCGGGCGUCUGGGCCGCGCCAGCGAUCGACUCCCCGCGACGGCGACGCCGGAGACACCGAGACGUCGGACCGAAUGCGACGCAGGCAAAGUCGAGACGAACUGCGGUGUGCGGAGAGCAGGGGAGACACCAAGUACGCAGGUGCCGGCAGAAGCAAGGACUCAGACAGCAGAGAUCAGCGCAGCUACGCGGACGGAAGAGACGGCAGGAGCAGCGAGGCUGACAAGACGACAGAGAGAGGGAGGUCUGGGGACGACAGCGCCCAUGCAGAGACUGUCAAACGAACUUUCCGUGUUUCGCUUGACAGAGACAACGUCGACCAGACGCGACCAAUCGCGAAAGGCGCUGGGCAAGAGACGCUCGCUCACGCCGGCGAACUGGCUGGGGCAAAGGCACCUGACUCCGGCACUGGGAGCAGAGCGAGUAGUAGCGAUCUGACCUCCCCUGUGAGAGGAGUUUCUCGGGAGCACAUGCAGGGGGUGUAGAAGUCCGAAGACACCGGCAGUUGCUGCAGGUGCCUGUGGACUCUGCAGUCUUUCGAGAGUCCUUGUUUUUGUGGUGUGUCAAAGAGCGCACGACUAUGUAGACGAGCAAAGGACGCAAGAAGGCAGGCGGGCGAAAGGGGAUUUCCGCGGUGAGGGCGCAAGGGCAGGAAUGCAAGAAGAUAGUCCACGAAGUGCAGGCGCGAGUUGGGAACUGUUUUGGACGCGGCACUCGACUGCAGCGCGCGACGGAGAAGCGAGACACGGUUUUGAGUGACGGACCAGAACACAGGAAAAUGUCCGUGGAGGACGGGGAAGGCGAAUUCCGGAAGAGGCGCGCUUCGGACGCCUGACAGGUUUUACCGGGAAUCGCCACCUACGCAUCCUGAACAGGAGACGGCUGAGUGCCUUUUUCGCGACGCGAAUUCUCACUGUUUGCUGCGUACAUGCUCUGUUGAUGGUGUGGAGACUUGUGUCAUAGUUUUGUCUCAAUGCCAGUACAUCCGUGACUGUUCUGCACGGGAAACACAAUGCAGCCUCACAACUGUUCUUUGCGCCAAAGAUGCCGGGACCGGCGUUCGCCGGGAUCAACUGUCGCGGUACAGCGUAGAGCAAACCAGCAGAGAAUUCGAGUGGACGGAAGGUGAAAAGAAAUGCCUUGUUGUAGUCGUAGACUGGAGACGCGAUUGACAGAGGUAUCCGACAGUUUUCUCACUGUGCUCCUGAGGGUGUAGGCCCCAGACACACACCUUGGCUCGUAUCGCUGCGCGAAAAAGAUCGACUUUUAUAACGUUCGUCGAGGAAGGGGAGGCGCCGAGCGUGUGGAGUGGUGCGAACCCAUUUCGUCUGUCAAACUGUCGGCGAACGGUAGAUCACACAGGUCUAUUGUGCUCUACCCUGACAGUGCGCGUGUGUACAGCGUGCCAUUGUUGAAAAAACGCUUGACUUUUGUUGUCCAAGGCAAAUCUCGUUGUCUUGUUGCGGCCUCGCUCGCGUUCGAGAGCUUUCCAGGAUAAACGAAAUGGCCGUUGUAAGGCCUGUUGACACACGCGGAAUGUACUAGGAGGCGAUCUCGUUUUACGGAAACAGGCA